AUGAUCGUGGAGGAGGUCAUCGGGUCGCUUAAAGCCCAUGAAGAGCAAUUAUGGGGUUACGAUGAUGAGAAAGAAGAACACAUCCUAUUGACAAAGGCCGAAUGGAAGGCAAGAGAAGAAGGUGAAGGUACGUCGAACUCGUUGAGAGGACAAGAAGAAAACAACUGGCGUGGCCGUGGGCGUGGACGCGGACGCAGUGAUGAUAGAAGUGGAAAUGAAGGCACUCAUCAAGAGAAGAAGUUUGACAAGACCAAGGUGAAACCCUAUAAUUGUCAUUAUUUCGGUCAUUAUGCCUAUGAGUGCAGAUCCAAGAAGAAGGAUGAGGAAGCCUAUCUUGUGGAGAAACAAGAUGAUAAUGAUGAUGAGCCGACACUACUCAUGACAACCCAUCUUGUGGAAAAACAAGAUGAUGAUGAUGAGCCGGUGCUACUCAUGACAGAAGUAUGCGAACCCUUGCAAGACAUGAAGCAUGCGGCAGAGGAGAUCAUGUUGCAUGAGGUGAACAUCAAGCCUAGUGUUAGAACUAAGGAAAUAGUGUAUGGGAACAACUUGUGGUAUCUUGACAUGGGUGCAAGUAACCACAUGACCGGGAGCCGAAGCCAGUUCUCAGAGUUGGAUGAGACAAUAGUUGGGAGAGUCAAGUUCGGUGAUGAUUCUGUCGUAGACAUCCAAGGAAAAGGCACUAUAAUGUUUCAGUGUCAAAAUGGUGAGCAUCGUCUUCUCACAGAUGUUUACUUCAUACCUAGUUUGUGCAGCAAUAUUGUGAGUUUGGGCCAACUUGAUGAGCAUGGAUGCGAGUCGGUGAUAAAAGGAGGAUACUUGUGUGUCUAUGAUAAAGGUGGAAGGCUAUUUGCAAGGGUGAAGAGAUCAAAGAAUAGAUUAUAUAUACUCAAUGUUAAGGAUGACAUCGAAGUUGAGUACGACAAAACGAAGGAGCAGCUUGAAGAUGUCCUGACAAAGCCUUUCAUCGAGUUGCGAGAUAAGAUAGCUUGA